GCGGCCCGCCAGGAGGCGGUGGUUGUCGCAUAGCGUCAGCCCGCAAGCUCCUCCCCCGGUGGUGCCUCUAAACACGUCCUUCCGCUUGCUUCCUCCUCUCUUUAUUCGCCGCCAUCGUAGGGUGUGCGUCUGACUCUUCCUCGCCAUGUCUUCUCACAAGACUUUCAGGAUCAAGCGUUUCCUGGCCAAGAAACAAAAGCAGAAUCGGCCCAUUCCCCAAUGGAUUCGGAUGAAAACUGGUAAUAAAAUCAGGUACAACUCCAAGAGGAGACAUUGGAGAAGAACCAAGCUGGGUCUAUAAGGAAUCGCACAUGAGAUGGCACCACAUGUUUUUGCUGUGUCAGGGUUGCUUGGAUCUUAACCGUGGCACUGAAAAGAUCGCUACUAUCUGAACAGUUGGUUGUGUUUUAUUGGGAAGUUAUAGGGAAAAUUAGUUUUGUCUUUAAUAUGUUUCUGCACUGGUAGGUUGGUUCAGUAAUAAAUAUGUGAGGCCUUCUAAACUGUUGUAAUCUGGUUUGUGAAGUACUCAAUAACACAAGUGUUCUCUGGCUAUCAAGUACUUAAGUAUGGCUAGUAUAAGGAACUGAUACUUAAGUUUUUAUUUUAUUGUAAUUAGUUCCACGUGGCUAGUGGCUCUUGGACCUUUUGUUAUGGGAAAUGCAUAUAUGUGUCAUAUUUAUACCUGAGGGUAGCACAUUCUUAAAAUAGCAUCUUUAUAUGUUCUUCUAUGAUGCCAGUCCUCAAUAUAAGUAGGAAUCGGUCAUCUGAACUGGGUGGCAAACUGCUCUGCUGCCUGUUGUGCGGCUUGUGAACUAAAUUUCUGCGUUUUUAAAUGGCUGAAAAAAUCAAAACUAUUUUGACACUUAAUAAAUUAAAAUUUACUGCA